AUGCGCCUAGCCAAUAUGCGCCUAGCCAAUACCCAUACCCGACCAUCCCCGCCCAUCCCUCCCCGCUCCUGCCCAUACCCGACCAUCCCCGCCCAUCCCUCCCCGCUCCUGCCCAUACCCGACCAUCCCCGCCCAUCCCUCCCCGCUCCUGCCCAUCCCCGACCAUCCCCGCCCAUCCCUCCCCGCUCCUGCCCAUCCCCGUCCAUCCCCGCCCAUCCCUCCCCGCUCCUGCCCAUACCUGACCAUCCCCGCCCAUCCCUCCCCGCUCCUGCCCAUCCCCGACCAUUCCCGCCCAUCCCUCCCCGCUCCUGCCCACCCCCGACCAUCCCCGCCCAUCCCUCCCCAUCCCCGUCCAUCCCCGCCCAUCCCUUCCCGCUACUGCCCAUCCCCGACCAUCCUCGCGCAUCCUUACCAUCUCCGCCCAUCCCCGCCCAUUCCCGCCCAUCCCCGCCCAUCCCUCCCCGCUCCUGCCUAUCCCCGACCAUCCUCGCCCAUCCUUACCAUCUCCGCCCAUCCCCGCCCAUUCCCGCCCAUCCCCGCCCAUCCCCGCCCAUCCCCGCCCAUUCCCGCCCACCCCCCUCCCGCCCAUCCCCGCCCAUCAGAAUGGAGAUGCCGCUGGAGUUCCGCGAGGUGAUAUUCGAAGCGGAGAAGACCAUCAGCGUGGCGCACCUGGACGGCUGCAGCGAGUGUGGGGGAAUGGAGAUGCCGCUGGAGUUCCGCGAGGUGAUAUUUGGCGCUGAGAAGACCAUCAACGUGGCGCACCUGGACGGGUGCAGCGAGUGUGGGGGGUCGGGCGCCAAGGCGGGCACAUCCCCCCGCACGUGCCCCACGUGCCGGGGCAUGGGGCAGGUCAUGCAGACACGGCAAACGGCCUUCGGAAUGUUCUCCUCGGUGUCCACGUGCUCGACGUGUGCAGGAGUGGGGGAGGUGAUAUCUGAGUUCUGCCGCAAGUGUGGGGGCGAGGGGCGCGUGCGGACGCGCAAGCCAGUGGUGAUCAACGUGCCUGCAGGGGUGGACUCGGGCACAGUGCUGCGCGUCAAAGGGGAGGGCGACGCUGGCAUGCGCGGGGGCAAGCGAGGCGACCUGUACGUGUUUGUGAAGGUGAAGGAGACGAUGGGCAUUCGCAGGGACGGCAUCAACCUCUACUCCAACGUCUCCAUUGACUUUACCGAUGCCAUCCUCGGCACCGUUGCCAAGGUGGCUACGGUUGACGGCGCAGCGGAGCUGAGAGUGCCGGCAGGCACACAGCCAGGGGAUACGCUGGUGCUGGAGCGCAAGGGCGUGCCCAAGGUGGGCAAGAGCAACAUCCGUGGCGACCACUUCUUCCAAGUCAACGUCUCCAUCCCCAAACGAGUCAGCCCCACGGAGCGAGACCUGGUGGAGGAGCUGGCGUCGAUUCACAAGACGGGCAAGACACGCACUGGCAUCACUGUGGAGGGCGCAAGGCCACGGGGUUCAUCCUCCAGCUCAGGCGUGGAUGGGGAGGGCAUCGUCGACACUGUCAAGUGA